AUGAUCAACUUGGCAAUCGAUAAUAACAACGUAAAUGAUGCUUUGAUUACACUGGCUUACGAUGCUAACUCCACAACAACAGACAAAUUGAUGUCAGAUCCGUUUCUUGCGUGGGCCGGUGGAGUUCUAAACAUCACGGGGAGCGCUUUACUCAUAUUUGUUCUUAUUCUCAUCUUCAUUGCUAUUCUCCUCGGUUGCAUUGGUCUUGUUUGUAUCUGCAGGUGCCUGUGCAAUAAACGUCAAAAGCAUAAAGCUACCUACCAGAAAAUGCCAUCUCUUUACGUGGAUCAGUUGCCUAGUCGUUAUGGCGUUGUGGACAACCUAGGAAUCUUGGAAUACUCUCUAGAAUAUACCAUGAAAUCCAAUGAACUCAAGGUUGGAGUUAUUCAAGUCCAAGAUCUCACCGCCAAAUCAGCAUCUGAUCAAUUGGAUCCUUACGUUAAAGUGGUUGUUGUGAUCGAUGAACCAGUUGGUAAGGCCAAACAGAAAAAUAAACAGAAGAUCCCAAUAAAUAAAACUGAUGUCAAACAAAACUGCUCCAGUGCUAGUUUCAAUGAGCAAUUCAACUAUAAGAUCCCUUACGAUCUUCUCAAACUUACUCAUAUCCGUCUUAUUGUCUACGAUUAUGAUCCAAAUUUGAAGGACCUUGUCAUCGGAGAAGUUUACGUCAAUCUGGAAGAUAUUCCCAUGGAGAACUACGUCGGUAAAACACACGAAAUCGUAGGAUAUUUAGGCUCUUCUAUGGGCGCAGAUGAUGAACCCGGCCAAAUUUGUGUUGUUCUUAAGAGUUUACCUCAGGCUGAAGAACUGCACGUGAAUAUUCUUGAAGCUAGGCAGUUAGCUCUCCCCCUUUAUCAUGGAAGGUAUCCAGACACUCUAAUCUCAGCAACGCUUCACAUUGGAAAUAAGAAGCUAGUGAAUAAGAAGACUGAGACCCGAAGUGGAACAAAUAAUCCCUACUAUGGCAAUAAUUUAAUAUUCCAUGUUAGAAAGGACAAACUUGCGAUGGCGGAUCUUACUUUGAGUUUGAAAUAUAAAUCACAUAGUGGACUUAUAAGAACCUUUGGAAAAGUCCUCCUUGGAUCCACUGUGAAUGAGGCUUCGAACCAGAAGCAGUGGUUUGAAAUGAUGCAGAAUCCUGGCAGACCUGUAGCAAUGUGGCAUUCCCUUAACCUAAAAGUGAAUACUCAAUAG